CUCGUCUCUCCCUCUGCCUCUGUCGACGAAGUAGAACCAAAUGAGGAAGUGUUGAUAUUUCUUCCACGUACCUGUCGCUACCUUUUGACAGCUUUUAGUAAGCCGUAUAAACUCCUUCAGAUUACGAUUCUAAUCGUAAGCAGGUGUGAUGGAGAGCGCAGAUCCCGGCCCAGCUGAUGGAGAAGAGCGAAUGACAGAAUUACGUCCGAGGACACGCUCCAAUCCGGAGGGAGCGGAGGACAGACGGAGUAGUAACGGUGGUCUGAACAGUCCUCCACCCACACAGCCUACUGUGGGAAGUCGAGUGGAGGGAGAAGGAGAAGCAGCCAGCACUGAUGGUCCUCCAGCUUCAACAUCCACCAUCACGACUGCUAUUCCCAACCCCAUCGCUGCUGCAGCUACAACCGCAACAAGCAGCAUGUCCAAUUCAGUGCCUGCUUCACUGGCCGCUGCCAAAGAAAGACCCAAACCAAGCCAGCCCUCACUGGCAUCACAGAUCCCUAUAGCAGCAGAACUCCAGCUGCGAGCACCAAGAGUCAAUUGCCCUGAGAAAGUGAUCAUCUGUUUGGAUUUGUCAGAAGAGAUGUGCCUACAAAAGCUGGAGUCCUUCAAUGGAUCCAAGACCAACGCCCUCAAUAUCUCCCAGAAGAUGAUUGAGAUGUUUGUGAGAACAAAGCACAAAAUAGACAAGAGACACGAGUUUGCCUUGGUGGUGGUCAAUGAUGAUGCCUUGUGGUUAUCAGGCUUCACCUCUGACCCACGGGAGUUGUGUAGCUGUUUGUAUGACCUCGAAACUAACGUCUGCGAAUCUUUCAACCUGGAGGAUCUUCUGAACGUAAUUCUCCAAAAGAUCGAACUUCCGCUGAUGGAAAACGUUCAGACGAUCCCACCACCGUUCGUGGUUCGUACUCUCCUCAUUUACAGUCGGCAGGCAGGUCAGCUGCAGUGUAACCCGUCUGAUGCCGUCAGCAAAAUGCUACGCUCUCCGUACUUCUUCUUUGAUGUCAUUUACCUUCAUAAUGGUGCUGACGAGCAGAUGGAUGACAGCAGCUGGAGGGACACGUAUGAAUCUUUCUCCAAGUUGGACUCGAAGGGGAUGUGCUACCGUUUUGAAGUAUCACUGUGUGGCCCAGCCAUCGAGCUGCAUAACUGCAUGGCCAAGCUUCUGUGUCACCCGUUGCAGAGACCCUUCCAGAGUCAUGCCUCCUACAGCCUGCUAGAGGGCGACGAGCCACCAGAGAUCGAAGCCACGGUGUAGAGCGUCGAUCACUAAGCCUGCUCCUGGAAAUCACACCGUAGAGCUCUGUUCUAACUCUGAUGUAACACUGCUGUAUCUGUAUAAUCAGUGUUCAUGAUGCACCAGAUCAGCAGUGUUGGAUUUGGGUUUGAACGUCGCGAGUACUGUAAAAAGGUUCAAGUAGAUCUCUAUGAACAGGAUUAAUGAAGGACUAGUUGACAAAGUGUCCUCUUCUAAGACUGUCUCCUAAGGAUGGAUGCUUUCUAUAUACGGGGGAAAGAAGAAGAAAGUGAAAUGUCUUUACAUAAGGACUGCUAUGGAUUUUUUUUUAGCUUUGAGAUGUUUAAGGGCAGGGCGAUUGCCUUUUUUUCACUGAUUCCACUCAUCUUUUUCUUUGCCUUCUAAUAUAGCCACUAUACAUAUAUAAUUUUUUUGUCUUAAUAUUGUCUGUUUCAUUUUAAAUAACAAACACACAAGCCUUUAGGCUAGAUUUGUGACUGGUGAUGAAUUGGAAGUACAAGACCUGUCCUCAUUUUUAAAUGUCAUGUGCGAAAAUGCAUUGAAAUGAAACGUGAUUUACGAAUGUGUAAAGAUGUACUGUCGAGUAAAGAUGUGGUUAAAUAAAUAAUAGAAAGUAAAGAAUGAAA